AUGCUUGCAAGAUGUUUAACAUGUUCGAACACUCUCGUACUUCGGCAGUCUGUACGCUUACUAGCAAGUAAAAGUGCUGCGAAACAAACGAAACCUACUCUUGUAUCCAAGUUUCGUAAGAAAAAAACCUUUCAAUUCUCGGGUGAAGACGUCAAAAAGUCGACGCCUCUCGAACAGUUUGUGUACCCGGCGUACUGGGAUGAAGAUUAUCCUAAAGAUUUUGACAAUGAAAUGAAGCACGAAGUUGAAAAGCUACAGGUAUUUGCUGACUUUACACCAUAUUUGGAUUUAUCCUGGCAAUCUCAGAUCCAUCCGUUAUUUAAUGGUGAAGAUAUUGAGAUGACACUUAACUGUCCGCUCGAGGAUUUUGAUGAGCGGCUUUUUAUUAAUGACAAGAAUACGCACGAUACAAAAGUAGUCAUGGAGGUGCCUAUGACUUGCUUUAAAGGUCUUGACAACGAGGCCAAGAACAUUGUCAUACAGCUCGCUGGUCCACGUUACAAUGCGAACAAAAAGAUGAUCAAGAUUGCCGAGGAUCGCUACAAUAAACGCGUGUACAACCACAAGCGAAUUUGUGAGAUUCUACGCGAUCUUACAGAGACAGCACUCAAGCUUAGUGGCCAAGCAUUAGACGAUUCAACACCUGAGAAUAUCACCGAGAAGUAG